AUGGCUGCUAGUAAUGGUGAUGUCGAUGCUGCGUUUGUGCCUGCUGCUACCUUGAUGCAAGGUGCAGCGGCACUUGGUCAGCCAGCACAACCUGCUUUGGUUGACCUGGAUGGGGGACCACCUAAUGGUGAGCCUGCAGUUGCUGUAGGACAGCAAGGACCCAUGAGGUGGAAUAACAACACUUCUGGUUUUGUCCUAAUGAGGAUGGCCCAGAUUGUGUCUGAGGGGUCUAGGACUGACAAGACAUACAAAGAUAAGGAUGUCAAUGCUGUAGCUAAGGCUCUUAGAGACUACAGUGGGGUUGCUGUUAGUCCAACUCAGGUGUACAAUCAUCUGAGAAAGUGGAAACAAAAGUGGGCUAAGGUAGCCAAGUUGAAGGACCUUAGUGGGGCAACAUUUGAUGAUGAUGUCCAUGCCAUAAUGCUUGAGCAGGACCACUACCUUGGUCAUUGCAAGGACCACCCUAAGGAUGCUGAAUACCUCAACACCCCCAUCAGGUUCUACAAAGAGAUGGAGGCCCUCUUUGGUAGCACUUUGGCAACUGGUAGGUUUGCCUUAGGGUCCAAUGAACCAUUGGGGGUGAACAAUGCAGACAGUGUGGCUGCUAAGCUUGAGGGGCAGGACUUCUCUUGUGGUACUUCUGAGUUUGGGGAGGGCAGCAAGGCCACAGCACCUGUGUUUGGGGAGGGUAGCAAGGACAACAUUGUAGGGGCUAAGAGGAAGAGGGCCAACUUUAGUGAGGAAGAGAUGCUUAUGAUGACCAACAUGACAGAUGCUGUCAACAAUGUUGCCAAUGCUAUGCUGAAAACAGGUGCUGCACAUGUCGAUCCAGACCUCUACCUUGCUGUCAUGGAGAUGGAGAUGUCUGACUUCUCCACUGAGGCCUUGAUUGUUGCCUACACCCAUCUCCUUGAGAACAAAGCUGUUGCAACUGGUUUUGUCAACAUGUCCACCCCCCAUAGGGCCAUAUGGCUGAGGACCUACCUGGCCAAGAACUACUAUUUGUAGUUCUGUCCAUGUUGUGCAGACAGCACUUAGAGGGGGUUGACUGUUGAGAAGUAUAGUUCCUCCACCUCCCUCCCCCACUCUCUUCUCUUUUGGGUUCCAUUUUGGUUAGAAACUGUGCAUGGUAGAUGGCUGACCAGCACCUGUUCUUUUGGGUUUAAUUAGCAGGAGGGUGGCUAACUAAGGAUAGUGUACUUAUAUUUCAACUUGUUGUAUUCAAAUGCAGCCUCUGUUGGCUUGCUGUUGCACUGAU